AUGAGUGUGGAAAAGGAUAUCUUAGACGAUACUAAAGUUCAAAACGUAACUAGUGUCGCAAGUCACUUAGAUAUUGCUGAUCAUGAAGUGAACUUGGCAGCUGUUGUUUCUCAUAAGAUCGCAAUAGAGGAUGUUGGCGUUGAGCUUACCUCUGAUCAGAAAUACUUGGUAAUCAAUAGAUUAAAUUUGACUGGUUUAACUUCGUUGGAUGAUUUACCUCUUACUGUGUCGUUCAUCCUUGAUAAGAUUCAAAAGUUGACAGUUGAAGAAUCUCUUAAAAUAUUGAGAAAAGCAGUUAUUGAGUACGCAAAUGAUGUUAAUAUUCCUGUUGAGGAGUACAGCCUUUACGAAAAAUUGGUUGAAUCCAGUGACAACUACUCUUCCGAAGAAGAACACCUGGAUACCAGAGAAAAGCUAAAAAUUGUUGAUUGGAAUUUUCAGGUAAGAUUAGAGGCAACUUUGAUUGCAUACCAUUCUCCUUAUCAAGAAGUUAGAUCAGUAACUGAUCCUUUUGAUGAUCCAACUAUUAAAGUUGAGACAUUAAGAGUGUAUGUUCUAGGACUUAUUUGGACAUGCAUCAGUGCAUUUGUCAACCAGUUCUUUGAUGACAGAUUGCCCGGUAUUACAUUAUCCACUUCAGUUGCGCAAAUGUUACUUUACCCUUGUGGAAAAGCUUGGGAAUUUGCCAUUCCAAAUUGGAAGUUAAAGCUCGGGAAGUAUGAAAUUGAAUUAAAUCCUGGUCCAUGGACAUAUAAAGAGCAAAUAUUGUCGGGCCUUAUGUUUACAGUCGGUGGUGGUAGCAGUUAUGCAGCUUGGAAUAUCACAGCACAGAAAUUAGAUACAUUCUAUGGUAAUGACUGGGUUACAACUGGGUAUCAGGUGCUUUUACUUUUGAGUAUUAAUUUUAUGGGAAUUGGCUUUGCAGGUGUGUUGAGGAAAUUUGUGGUUUACCCAACAAGAUCAAUUUGGCCUGGGCUAUUGCCUACACUUGCGUUGAACAGAGCCCUUUUGGUGCCAGAGAAAAAGGAGAAUAUCAACGGUUGGACGAUCUCGAGAUACCGCUUUUUCUUUUUUGUCACUUCAGCAUCUUUUCUCUACUUUUGGAUUCCAGAUUAUCUCUUCCAGGCACUUUCAUACUUUGGUGGUUGGAUGACAUGGAUCAAACCGAAUAACUUCAAUCUUGCUGUAAUUACUGGUCCAUCCUCUGGAUUGGGUUUCAGUCCUAUUCCUUCGUUUGACUGGAAUGUUGUGGGAACAAAUGCAUUGACGACACCAUUUUACAGUACAAUCAAUCAGAUUAUUGGAACCUUCUUGAGUUUUUUCAUAAUUGUUGGAGUAUACUACAGCAACCAUAAAUGGACAGGAUACUUGCCAAUCAACAGUAACAGAUUAUUUUCUAACACCGGAUCCUCCUAUAAGAUAUCAAAAAUUCUAAAUGAGGACAAUUUGUUUGAUCAGGAGAAAUAUGAGAAGUACGGUCCACCAUUUUACACAGCAGCGAAUAUAGUACUGUACAGUGCUUUCUUUGCUCUCUACCCCUUUGCAAUUAUUCAUGAGAUUGCAAUGACCUAUGAGGCAUUAUGGGAUUCCUUAAAGGGGUUUUAUCAUUCACUUAGGAAUUUUCGUAGAUCCACAUUUGAAGGUUUUGAUGAUCCGCACUCCUUGAUGAUGAGAAAAUACAAAGAAGUUCCUGAUUGGGUUUUUCUUGUUGUUUUGGUGAUAUCGAUUGUGCUUGCCAUUCUUUGUGCUGAGUUGUAUCCUACGAAUACUCCGGUCUGGGCAAUAUUCUUUGCUUUGGGCAUUAAUUUUGUCUUCUUGAUUCCCAUCACAACUCUUUAUUCGACAACAAACUUCAGUUUCGGAUUAAAUGUCUUGGUUGAGUUGAUUAUUGGUUAUGCACUUCCUGGGAAUGGUUUUGCUUUGUUGUUCAUUAAAGCGUUAGGAUACAACAUUGAUGGGCAAGCUCAAAAUUAUAUCACAGAUCAGAAGAUUGGACAUUAUGCCAAGAUACCACCUAGGGCAAUGUUUCGUAUCCAGAUUAUUGGAGUUUUUGUUGGUACUUUUAUAAACUUGGCUGCUUUGAAUUUCAAAAUCAAUCAUAUUGAAGACUACUGUGCUCCUCUUCAGAAGGAUAAAUUUUCUUGUCCAAAUUCGGGAACAAUUUUUGCAGCCUCCGUGAUUUGGGGUGUAAUUGGUCCAAAGAAGGUAUUCCAUGGCUUGUACCCCAUAAUGCAGUACGCUUUCCUCAUUGGAGCACUUGUUGCUAUCCCAUUUGUUAUCAUCAAGCUUUACGGCCCCAAAAAGUAUGUGAAGUAUUUCCAACCAAGUCUUAUUCUAGGAGGAUUUAUUAUAUGGGCACCGGGUAGCAUUUUCUACCAACUUGGUCAAGUUUACCUUUCUACUGCAUUCAUGUGGUACGGAAAGUCACGCUACCCUGCUUUUUGGAAUAAGUAUAACUACGUUUUCAGCAGUGCAAUGUCUGCAGGUGUUGCUUUCAGUAGUAUUAUUAUUUUCUUUGCUGUCCAGUACCAUGCUAAGGACAUUGAGUGGUGGGGAAAUACCGUUGUCAGUGCCGGCAUUGACGGUGAUGGUAAUCAAAGACUUUUAAAUGCCAGUUUGUUACCUGACGGUUAUUUUGGUCCUAGAAUUGGCCAUUUUCCAUAAAUUUGAACUACCUUUGUUCUCAUCGUUUAUUACCUUUCUUUAGCUUUUGUUCUCUUGACUUAUGAUAUAUAUAAUUAACUUAUGGCACAAAUAGU